AUGUCAUUGAAGAUAAUAGUCACAGUUUUAGUCUUAUUAACGAUAGUCCAAGCAGAAUUGCUUCGGACGACGGAGCAGCAGAAGCAAGAACUAGCAGAUUAUAUCAAACAGAAGAAGACAGAAAUAAACCCAAGGUUCAGAUUACGCUAUCACGUUUCCCCGCCAGUAGGAUGGAUGAACGAUCCUAAUGGCUUCUCAUACUACAAAGGCGAAUACCACAUCUUCUACCAGUUCUAUCCAUACGACAGCAAAUGGGGGCCGAUGCAUUGGGGACACUCAUCAGGCCCUAAUCUGGUCAUCUGGAAUGAACAACCUACAGCAUUGAUUCCCGAUGAGGAACAAAUAUUUUCUGGAAGUGCUGUAACAGAAGAAAAUACAAUGGUGCUAAUGUAUACAGGUCAUAAAACUAAUAAUGAAAGUCAAUACUUAGCUUAUAGUAAAGAUGGCGUAAACUUCACCAAAUAUGAAGGAAACCCAGUCAUAACUUUAGACACUUCUCCUGAUUUUCGCGAUCCGAAAAUUUGGAAGUACGGUGAUUACUGGUACGUUGUAAUUGGGACUAAAACCAGUGAUCAGAAAUAUGGUAAAGUUGUUUUAUAUAGAUCUAGUAACUUAACAUCUUGGGAGUAUUUGUCUGUUAUUGGAGAAUCUGAUGGCGCAAUGGGAUACAUGUGGGAAUGCCCCGACUUCUUCGAAUUGGAUGGAAAAUUUGUUCUGCUGAUGUCACCACAAGGAAUGAAAGCACAGGGAGAUAGAUACAAGAACACUUAUCAGACAGGUUAUAUCCUGGGUAAUUUUAGUUAUGAAACUUAUGAAUUUAUUCCUGAAACGGAAUUUGUAGAAAUAGACUAUGGUCAUGACAUUUACGCAACACAAACUUUAGAAAAAGAUGGAAAACGAUACUUGAUAGCUUGGUUUGGUAUGUGGGAUGUGACACACCCUGAAGAAGCAGAUGGAUGGACCGGUGCAUUGACAAUAGUGAGAGAAUUGAAGCUUGUUGGUAAUCGCAUUUUGAUGCAACCCGUGGAAGCAAUAGAAAGUCUUAGAGACAAAACGGUGUUCAUAGGAUAUUUCAACAAAUCUCAAUUUCUUGAAUUCGAUACUACGGCUGAAAUCAUUGUUGAAGGAGAUAUGAAUUUAAAAAUCGAAUUGCUUUUAGAAGGACGAAAAAAUAAUAGUAACUUCAAUCAAACUAGAGUGUUGUAUAAUCCAGCUGAUGGAAAAGUGUCUGUGAGGAGAGGAAAUGAAGACGUUAGGCAAGUAGAAUGGGUUCCCAUUGGAUCGAAGCAAAUGAGACUAUUCUUGGAUACCAGUUCUUUGGAACUGUUUUGUGGAGACGGAGAAGUUGUAUUUAGCAGCAGAUUGUAUGUAGAUGGCCCGUGGAAAGUAACUAACGUAAGUCCUCAGACGUUGAAGAUUGAAGCAUAUCAUUUGAAAGAUAGCGUCCCUGCUUCAAGCCGAGGAAUCGUUGUAGUAUCUUUUAAUUUCGUUGUAUGUCUUUUGAUGCCAUUUGUUUCUUUAACAUUAAUGAAAUGA